CUUUUAACUAGGUACCUAGGUACCUAAGUUUACCUGAGACAAGGUAAAAGUAUCUGAAGUAUCUUACGUAGACCUAAUGCUUCUUCCAUUUACUAUAACUACUUCCUAAUCUUCCAUAGCUCGACAAUAAAUCGACAAUCUUAGGCAACGCCUUUUACUUAUUCAUUAGGUACCUUAUUACUUACUACCCGACGGUUGCAAACACCCUUUUGGACACACUCUCAUAUCUAUCUGCUCGACGAAUCACAGCCUAACCCGCAUACUGCUCGCCCACCAUGACCACCUACGAAGUCGAGCAUAAUAUUAAGGCUGAGGAAUAUCGGCCCCGUCGGCGGCGCCCGGACAUGUCGAGCUUCACCUCGCAUUUACAUCAGAUAUCUCCGGACGCGGCGACAAAUAAUGCACGAAGCCAACGGGAACGAACAGGUCCUACACCCGUGGACACAGCGGCGCUAUUCCACCUCUUGCUGGACCAACUUCAGACGCUAGCUACGGACGCCCCGACGGAAGAGAACCGAGACUUUCUCGGGUCCCUGAUGUCGGCAUUAGAGGACGACAUUAGGGCGCCGCCCAAGAAGAUCCCCGGAGUGACCCAAGAGUACCUCGACACGUUAGACCGAGUGCCGCGGAAGAGCCUCAAGAAAGACGAGAGCUGCCCCAUCUGCGCCGAGCUCUUCGUCGACGAUCCUUACCCCUUGGUGGUUGAACUGCCGUGCCAUGGGAAUCACAAGUUCGAUCUAGAGUGUGUUGGGCCGUGGCUACAGAGCAAGGGCACAUGUCCUAUGUGUAGAGCAGACUUGAACAAGAAGAAGGUCAUCGAAAUCCCGAAGGAUAACGAGGAAGAAGAAGAAGACGAUGUUGAUGGGUUGUACGGCUAAGCGUUGUAGGCGGGAGUUUUAUAGGGGCGAAUGGACACGGAGUUUGUGAUGAUACCCCUUGAAAAUUCAAUUACAAGCUCUCUAUGA